ACUCUUCUGCUCCCUGCCUCCUGUGCCAUGUGCCAAGUGCCGAUCGCAUCUAGAGAGAGCAGCGGGUGAGGGGAAUGGGCAGGCAAGGUCGGCCGCCGGAACAGCUGAGGAGGGAAGGCGCUGGGGGCCGCUGCUGCGCCUAGGUUUGGCCGCCUGCGCCAUGGAUGUGGGCGCCGCGCCCGGGGGAAAGAGGAUUGGCAACUUUUUUGGAGUGGUGGGGGAGAAGGAGAGGAGAGAGGCAUGGGAUGCGCCCGGCGGUGGAGCCGUGGAGUAACUGAAUUUUGCUGCAUUCCUAACUGAACUUGGCUGCUGCUGCUAAUUGAAUACUAUCUGCUGCUAACCGCUAUUGCUGAAAAUGAGAAGUGAGAGAUACGAGUCGAUGCUGAUGCUGACUUCUGGUAGUACUGUUGCAGAGAGGAAGAAAAGGUAGAUGCGCUGCUGCUGCUUGAUAUCGCUGAUUGUGGCGCUGCUUGAUAUCGCUGAGAGAUCAUUCUGGGGAGGUAGCGCGAGAGAAGGUACCACCAAGUCAGAAGAAACAUGCAUACCCUGUUUAACCUGUUGAGAUAGAGACAUCUCAUCGGAUGAAGUCUCAAAUUGUGCAUAAGAAGGCACCGCCAAGUUAGAAGAAACAAGCAUAUAUAUACCUCCAACACGGCGCACCAAAAUGCCAUGGAUCUUCAAUACCAGCAAGAAGCAAUGAAUUGACUGAGUUGAUUUUCCCUUCUGGUCGUAGUGUCCUGCCGGCUGCUCUAGCAUACCCAGAGGUCCUUGCGACCACUUAAGAGCUUCUCGAGAUGUUGAAGGGUAGAAGGUCAAAGAGAAGGAGGUGCCCUGCGUACAGACUAACCAAUGACCUUGUCGUUGAGAUCCUCUCUCGCCUCCCUGCCAGAUCGGUCUGUCGCUUCAAGUGUGUGUCCAGGACAUGGAGGGACCUCAUCUCACACUCCGUAAACCGUAAGAAGCUUGCCCAGACCCUGGCUGGCUUCUUCACUAUGCAUGACGACGAUACCGAUACCAUGCCAUGGUCAGUUCUCCAUUUCACUAAUGUCUCUGGCAGAGCCCCCCCGUUGAUCUCACCCUCGUUUGACUUCCUUCCAGUCCACACACGCGUCUUUCCCUUGAACAGCUGCAACGGCCUUAUCCUCUGUGCAUGUGAUCCUAUCGGGGAUAUGACAGAAUUCCAUGACUUCGUGUGCAAUCCUACAACAAAAGAGUGGGUUGCAUUGCCGGAUUCCAAACUUGGCCACAUGAGGCGGAUUAGAUUUCUGGGUUUCAAUCCCGCCGUGUCACCCCACUUCUAUGUAUUUGAAUUCUUUGUGGACUAUGAGCGUUUCCCUCCAUUGCUCAACCGAGUGGAGGUGUACUCCUCUGAAACUGGAGAACGAGUUCACAGUGAGGACAAUGAUGUUCUCCCUUUUGAUCGUACAUUGUCAAGAGGAUAUCGGUCUAUGCGGAUGAUGUGGUGAUUUUCAUAAAGCCGGAGCGCUCGGAGUUGUGGGCCGUGAAACAAAUUCUAGGCCUUUUUGGCGAGGCCUCGGGGUUGAAAGUCAACUAUAGGAAGACGUCGGCCACCCUGAUUCGUGGCACGCAGGAGGAUGAGGUGAGG